CUUGACUGCUUUUGCAGAUCAUUAUCCAGAAAAACAUUUUGAACUUAUCAUUAUCUCUCUCUCUCUUACGUUCUUGCGUAAAGUUAUCUCAUCAUCAAAUCUAUCUCCUUCAAGAAGUCGUCGUUUCUCCGACCUACAACGAUGGUUGAAACCAGACUCCAGGAACGUUCGCUGACAGAGCAAGUCGACGAGAUCCAGUCUCUUCAUGACCUCCUCGCCACCGAACUAAAGUCUCGAGCUGAUUCUUUGGAUUCAUGGUUUGACAGACUUGAAACUAUGAUGUUCAACAACAACUCUCAGCUUCAGGCUGCCGGAAAAGCACCUCUAGACCCCGGUCCCUCCAACCCACCAACCCCCUUCCCAAACACACCCAACCACUCACCAAAUCACCCACCUGACCCUCCCGAUCCUUCAAACCUCCAUAACCACCGUACCGGAAGAACCCCACCACCGCCAAACGGCCUCGCCUCUCGCCUUUCCAAGAUAAAGUUCCCAUCUUUCGAUGGUACUCACCUCAGAGACUGGAUCUCCAACUGCGAGCUGUUCUUUGACAUCGACGGCACCAAACCGGAGUUAAAAGUCCGACUAGCGUCGAUGCAUCUCACCGGAAAGGCCACCCAAUGGCACCACAACUAUAUGAGCACACGAUACGGUAUCUUCCCAUCGUGGACUGAAUAUAUUGUGGCCAUCUCGAGUCGUUUCUGCGAGCUAUACGACGACCCACUGGCAGAGCUCGUCGAACUGAAACAGGGCUCCGACACCGUCAUUGAGUUCCUUGACAAGUUCGAAGUCGCGAGAAUGCGCUUGGUUCUCCCUGAAGCUCAUGCUCUCAGCAUAUUCUUAGCAAAUCUGAACCGUCACCUCUCCCUUCACACGCGACAGUUCGAAAUCACCUCCGUCGGCAGAGCUGCUAAGAUAGCGAUGCUUCACGAAUCAUCGAUUCUCCACACCCCUAAACCCGCAAAGACUCCCUUCAAUCCUAACUGGAAACAAAGCCAGAACCCUUAUUAUAAACCUUCCACUGCCCCUCCACUCCUCCCUACCCCAACCCUAACCAGUAAACCACAAAAAGCCCCCUUUCCUACAAACUCUGAGAAAAACCCAAAGAAAUUUUCAUAUCAAGAGAUGCAAGACCGUCGUGCUAAAGGUCUUUGUAUGUUUUGCGAUGAAGUUUAUACCCCCGGUCACAGCCUCAAACACAAGAAGGCUCAGAUCUUCUUUAUGGAGUGUGAAGAUGAUGAUGUGUUGUCCUCUGAUUCCGACGAAGACCAAGAGGACACAGUAGCUGCUGAGACAACAGACAAGGAACAACAAGCCCUUGUUAUCUCUGUCAAUGCUCUCACAGGCUCAUCCACUUUCAACUGUAUGCGAGUAAUCGGCUACUACGGCAAGUGUAAGCUCUUCAUACUGAUUGAUAAUGGCAGUACACACAACUUCCUAGAUUUGAACAUCGCCAAUGAAAUUGGUUGCAUGUUGGAGAAGACAAAACCCAUGGAUUUAACUGCUGCAAGUGGCUGUACAAUGCUCACAAAAUACCGGUGCAGCAACUUCUCUUGGAAGAUGCAAGGUUACUCCUACACAUCAGAUAUACGCACUCUCCCUCUUGAUUGCUGCGACUUGGUUCUUGGUGUGCAAUGGCUCUCAACCCUAGGACCCAUCUUAUGGGAUUUCCUCAACCCACGUAUGGAGUUCACAUUGAAUGGAACGAAGAAUGUGCUUCGUGGUGUCACAAAGAACAGUUGCAAAGUCAUCAAAGGCAGCACUUUCAACAAGUUGAUGCUGCAGCAACCACAAAUAGCUGUUAUUCAACUUCGCGAAGUUACUGCUGACAACUCACAGAGCCUCCAACCGUCUUCUCUACUGUCUCAUCUCUCAGCAGCACAGAGCGACAUGGAAAAUGACCCUCGCUUGCAGGCUCUGCUCAGUGACUUUUCCACUCUGUUUGAGGAACCCGUUGAGCUCCCUCCUUUCAGAGAUGGCUUUGAUCACCGCAUUCCUUUGGAAUCAGGUGCAAACCCAGUUAAUCUCAGACCUUAUUGUUACUCAACACUACAUAAGGAUGUGAUUGAUACGAUGGUUAAAGAGAUGCUCAACAAGGGGAUUAUUCAGUGCAGCACAAGCCCAUACGCCUCCCCUGUUGUCUUGGUGAAAAAGAAGGACGGCUCGUGGAGACUUUGUGUAGACUUCCGUGGGCUCAACAAACAAACCAUCAAGGAUAAAUAUCCUAUACCUUUGCUGGAAGACCUCCUUGAUGAGUUUGGCUCUGCAAAGUACUUCUCAAAGUUGGACCUACGCUCAGGCUUCCACCAGCUCCGUAUGUAACCUGAUGACAUUCAUAAGACCGCCUUCAAGACACACUCUGGUCACUAUGAGUAACUCGUGAUGCCAUUUGGUCUCACCAACGCUCCCUGCACUUUCCAGAGUCUGAUGAACAAGGUCUUUGAGAAGGUCCUGCGGAAAUUUGUCCUCGUAUUUUUCGAUGACAUAUUGAUCUACAGCGCUUCCUGGGAGGAACACCUCCAACAUCUACACGAAGUGUUUCAGAUCCUAUCACUUCACCAGCUGUUUCUCAAGCCUUCAAAGUGUAUGUUUGGCGCGACUGUGAUUGAGUACCUUGGUCACUUUAUCUCUGCAGAAGGAGUGAGUACUGAUCCUCGCAAGAUCAAAACCAUUGUGCAAUGGCCAACGCCGUCGUCACAGAAGCAGCUGCGUAGUUUCCUGGGUUUGGCUAACUACUACAGGAGGUUCAUCCAAGCUUACAGCGUGAUUGCCAAACCUCUCUCAAAUUCCUCAAGAAGGAAGGUUUCUGUUGGGGUCAGAUAGCUUCAGACGCUUUCAACGAGUUAAAGACAGCACUGACUACGUCUCCAGUACUAGCGCUGCCUAACUUUGACAAGACGUUUGUGGUCGAAAAUGAUACCUCCAACUCAGGCAUAGGUGCGGUUCUGAUGCAAGAUGGUCACCCCAUUAGCUUCAUCAGCAGAGCACUAGGCCCCCGACACCAAGGCCUAUAUGUCUACGAGAAAGAAUUGCUUGCGGUAGUCCAUGCUGUGCAAACAUGGAGUGCGUAUCUUGCUCAUAAACCUUUCAUCAUCAAGACAGAUCAGAAAAGCCUCAAAUUUCUGAUGGAGCAGAAGAUUACCACACCAUUUCAACACAUGUGGUUGUCUAAACUGAUGGGAUACACGUUUGAAAUCCAAUACAAACAAGGGAAAGAAAAUGUGGCUGCUGAUGCAUUAUCAAGAGUCUCUGGCUCACAACUCUUGCAAAUCACGCUUUCCCAAUCUCAUCACGGCUUCUUCGACUCAAUCAAGCUCCUUUGGGAAACAGACCCCAACCUCAGGAAAAUCAUCUCCGACCUACAGGCCAACAAGUCGUCUCAUCCCUCGUUUACAUUUGUGAACAAUGAGCUUCGUCGCCGGGGUAAACUGGUCGUUGGUAACAAUGAGGAUACAAAACUUCACAUCCUGCGUUGGCUUCAAGACUCGGCUGUUGGUGGUCAUUCAGGCAGAGAUGCUACUUUACAACGAGUCAAAUCGAUCUUCUUUUGGCCUCGUAUGAACGUGGAGAUCCAGGCUUAUGUUCGCAAUUGCUCAGUCUAUCAGAAGAACAAGAAUGACUUGGCUGCUAAACUAGGCCUUCUGCAACCAUUACUUGUUCCUAAUGGAGUAUGGGAGUCUAUCGGAAUGGACUUCAUCGAGGGCCUUCCUCCGUCAAACAGUAAACACUCCAUAUUGGUUGUUGUUGACAGAUUGAGUAAGAACGCGCAUUUCAUCCCUCUGUCACAUCCCUAUACUGCUAUCGAAGUCGCUCAAGCAUAUCUUGACAACAUCUUCAAGCUUCACGGCUUACCAAAGGAUAUUGUCAGUGACAGAGACCCAACCUUCCUGAGUGAAGUUUGGAGAGAGCUGUUCCGUGUACAAGGUGUCGACCUGAAGCCCUCCUCAGCCUAUCACCCUCAAACCGAUGGGCAUACUAAAGCUACAAACAAGACUCUUGAGACCUACUUGCGCUGCAUGACUACAGAAACUCCACACUCUUGGAGCAAGUGGCUUCCUCUCGCCGAGUGGUGGUAUAAUACCACUUACCAUUCAGCCAUCAAGAGUACUCCGUUUGAAGUAAUCUACGGUCAACCUCCACCAACUCACUUACCAUACCUGCCUGACAGGACAAAACAUAAUGAAGCAAUCUGCUGACUCUCAUCGCUCUCCACGAGAGUUCAAAGUAGGCGAUCACAUUUACUUGAAGCUUCAACCCUACCGCCAGAACACUCUGAAGAACAGAAACAUCCCUCACAAGUUGUCUCCUCGCUUCUAUGGUCCGUUCCGCGUGUUAGAAAGGGUUGGUUAUGUGGCUUACAAGCUUGCUUUACCGGCUGACGCUGCUAUACAUGAUACAUUCCAUGUUAGCCAGCUCAAACUGUGUCCAAACCCACCCACUGGAGAUCCUUCAUUACCGCAGUACUGUCAAGACUUGGGCAACUCUAAGGAACCAGACAGUAUCUUGGAGAAGAAGAUGGUUAAGCAUCGCAAUGCUGCAGUCACCAAGGUCCUAGUGUAAUGGAAAGGGUACCCUCCUGAGCAAGCCACUUGGGAAUUCUAUCAGGAUUUCAUCAGCAAGUUCCCAACGUUUGAUCCUUGAGGACAAGGACCUUCGGAAACGGGGAGUAGUGUGAUAGGCACACAAGCGGUUUAACCAAACCGAUCUAUCUUUAAUUUUAAUGUCCGGUUUAUUUCAUUUCGGUUUAAUGUCAUAAGGGGUUUGUCCUUAUUGCUUUUAGCUUUUCCUUUCCAGCUCAUUUUGGUCGUAUGUGACCGUUGCUGAAACGGCUUUAUGUAUCUCUUGACUGCUUUUGCAGAUCAUUAUCCAGAAAAAACAUUUUGAACUUAUCAUUAUAUCUCUCUCUCUCUUACGUUCUUGCGUAAAGUUAUCUCAUCAUCAAAUCUAUCUCCUUCAAGGUGAUCUCUCUUUCUUAGAUCAUUUUCUAGGUUUGGAUUCUCCAUUCUUAAGUUCUCGGUGAACUCUAGUUUGGUUAUUACUCUGUUCUAGUGCUAUUACAGAACAUGUAUUCUACAGUAACGUGAUGUAAAGGUGGCUCGGCCGUGAGUCUUAAAUAUGCUUACAAAAACUUGUUGUCGUUAUUGAUAAUUUCAUCUGUUUCUUGCAUUUUUUGUUGACAUAUAAUUUUAACAUCUGACAAAAAAUAUUCAAACCGACUAUAUAUAACAUAUUUAAAAUCCUAUGUUCAAUCAAAAUAAUAUAAUUUAGUAAUAUAAUUAUAAUUUCAUCUAAAUAUUAAAUUAAAUUUUAAUUAAUUACUGUAAUAUAAUUAAUCUAUAAAUAUUCAUAUUCAUACAUGAACACACACGUGAAAAUCAUGUAGUUAUAAAAAUUUGAUAAAAUUUAAUUGGUGUACCAAUUUGUGAUAAAGUACAAAUUAAGAAAAAUAUCAACUAAUGUUUUAAAACAAUUAAAAAUUCUAAUAGUCCGAAUGGUGACUAGUCUGAAUGGUUAUUGCAGAUUUAGUCCUAUAAACACUACGGAAUUGCUAGGUACGAUUCAUUUGUGAUUCAUGCGUUAUCGGAAUAUGUAUGUGAUAUACCAUGGAUUUUACCCAUUAUGUGAAGUAGGUACGAUCACCUCUUACCUACCGAAUGCAACUACCAAAAAUCAGUGUAGCCAGACUGAAUGCACUCAAAAACCCAUCUAAACCUUCAGAGACAUCAACAGACAACACCAGUAAGCAAUCUGAAGAUGCAUCAGAGCCAAUGCAAGUUGAUCAAGUUCCCAAACAUCUUAAAUAUAAGCUAAUGAGAAGGAGAUGGAUAACUUCACUAAAAGGGUUCUACGGAUACCCAUGGAUAAACCAGUCGAGGAGGUUUAUUUUUCCCACAGAUUGUGAAUGUUCUUCACAGAGAACAAAAAAAACUGAACAUGACAUUGAAAAAAUAUUCCAUGAGGUCAGAAAGAAGAUGAAUAAGAGGAUUACACUGAAUAAGAAGAGUGAUCCUGAAAAUUUUGUAAUCCCGUGCUUGUUAAAAGGCAUUGAGUUCCCAUGUAGGCUCUGCGACACAUGUUCUUCAGUCAGCAUACUACCAAAGGUGAUGGCAGAACAAUAAGGUCUGAACAUAGAGCUUUUAGAGGAUUCGUUCACUUUUUUGGACAGCUCUAGGAGAAAUUCAGGAGGAAUUAUCAGAAACCUUGAGAUGAAGAUUUGUAAUGCCCUAAUUCCAGUAGACUUUCAUCUGCUGAACAACAAGUUGAAUGGAAAUUCUUCUCUACUACUUGGGAAAGCCUUCAUGGCUACUAUAGGAGCAGUUUGCAAUAUGCAGACUAAGAAGCUAUGCAUGAGACUCAUAUACCUUAAUGUCUACCAUGAUCCAGUGAGAGUCGUCAAGCCACAAACGUCCCACAUAGAGAUUGGAGAUGAUCCAUGAUUCAUAGCAGCUUGUCAUUGUGCACGCGAAACAAACGAUCGAGCAUCGAUCGAUAACCAGACCCGACAAUCGAUCGGCAGAUGCACUCUACCAUCGAUCGACGCGUAUGACACACCAUUCCGAAGAAGGCUGGUAACCGAGAAGCUGUUACAGGACAAGCUUGAUGAGAUUAAUUUCACUCUAGACUUGAUCAAGGAUAUCUCAGAAUAUACAGAUGCCGGAUAUGGAAUGCAGCAAUGCAGCACUGGAAACCUUCAGAAGAGGAUGCAUACAAAUGAGGUUGCGAGGCAAUAAUAAAAAUCAGUGGACCAGAGGAUACGAGGCCAUAAGAAGCUUCAUUGGUACAUGGUUUCAGAUGAGCAAAUAAGAAGUUUAUACUCGUAUCCAAACGAAUAGUCAAUUUCAUCCAUACUAUAACAAAGCACUGAGUUGGAGGCAAUCCACUAUUAGGUAUUUCUUUUAAUUUAGUUUGCAUUGUUACUGAAUUUUUUUUCUAAUUUUAUGCAGGUCAA